AUGGCAGUUCGCCACUUCACGGCUCCAAAGCCGUUGGGGAACGCUAUGACUUCUCCACGAUCUCAGCCGUCUCUCGAGCCUAAGAUUAAGCCUACCUCGGUGGAUGUUAUGCCAAAUGCCGACCUGCCCCCCAAGAAGCAGGGCCUGACGUUUGCUAAUCAAGACUCGCUCCCCAAACUACCGGUCCCCGACCUUGAGAGCACCUGCAAGAAAUAUCUUGAGGCAUUGUCCGCUUUGCAAACCCCAAGGGAACAGGAAGAGACGAGAGCAGCCGUGCAGGAUUUCCUCAAGUCAGAUGGCCCCGUUCUUCAAGAAAAGCUGAAGAAUUAUGCGUCAUCCAAGACGAGUUAUAUCGAGCAGUUCUGGUACGACUCUUACCUCAACUACGAUAGUCCGGUGGUUCUGAACCUCAACCCCUUCUUCUUACUGGAAGAUGAUCCUACGCCCGCGCGGAAUCACCAAGUCACCAGAGCGGCAUCGUUGGUCGUUUCGGCGCUGUCUUUUGUCAGGGCCGUGAGACGGGAGGAACUACCGCCUGAUACGGCUCGCGGCACACCACUGUGCAUGUACCAGUACUCAAGACUGUUUGGAACGGCCCGUUUGCCUACGGACAAUGGAUGUGUUAUCAGCCAAGACCCGAACGCGAAACACGUUGUCGUGCUGUGUCGGGGCCAAUUCUAUUGGUUCGAUGUCCUCGACGACAACAACGAUCUGAUCAUGAACGAGAAGGAUAUUGCGGUGAACCUACAAGUCAUUAUUGGGGAUGCAGAGCAAACUCCUAUUCAAGACGCCGCCAAGGGGGCCUUGGGUGUGCUCAGCACGGAGAACCGCAAGGUGUGGUCUGGAUUGAGAGAUAUCAUGACCAAGGAUGAGGGUUCCAACAAUGCGGAAUGCUUGAACAUUGUCGACACUGCUCUGUUCGUGCUUUGUCUAGAUUACACCGAGCCUCACAGUACUUCUGAGCUGUGUGCCAACAUGCUCUGCGGCACAAGCGAGGUCGUGAAGGGCGUGCAGGUUGGCACCUGUACCAACCGGUGGUACGAUAAGCUUCAGAUCAUCGUGUGCCAGAACGGAAGUGCAGGUAUCAACUUCGAGCACACCGGCGUGGAUGGUCAUACGGUGUUACGAUUCGCCAGUGACGUUUACACGGAUACGAUACUCCGCUUUGCUAGAACCAUCAACGGCCAGGCUCCGAGCCUAUGGGCCACCACUAGCCCCGACCCGACCAAACGCGAUCCCCGAAGCUUUGGCAAUGUCAGUACCACUCCUCGGAAAUUGGAGUGGGACAUGGUCCCGGAGGUUAGCAUUGCGCUGCGAUUUGCCGAGUCCCAUCUCUCCGAUCUACUCCAGCAGCAUGAGUUCCAAGUCCUAGACUUUGCCGGCUUCGGGAAGAACUUCAUCACAUCGGCAGGGUUCUCGCCCGACGCGUUUGUGCAGAUGGCCUUCCAAGCCGCCUACUACGGGCUCUACGGUCGUAUCGAGAACACUUAUGAGCCAGCUAUGACCAAGGUCUUUCUGCACGGCCGGACGGAGGCCGUUCGUACUGUUACGAACGAGUGCGUCGAUUUCGUCAAGACAUUCUGGGGCGACAAUCCCCCAGAGCAGAAGGUGAACGCGCUCCGGAAAGCGACGGAGAAGCAUACGGCGAUUACCAAGGAGUGUUCCAAGGGUCAAGGCCAGGAUCGCCAUCUCUACGCUAUGUAUUGCCUCUGGCAACGGUCUUUCGACGAGGGUUCAUCGGCGGGCAACAGCGUGGAUGGUAGCUCCAACGGCUAUUCUAGUCCCGUCGAAAACGGGUCCGCUAUUGACUCUCCGAAACUAUCUGCGUCGCUAUCUGAAGAUGGAAUGUCCUCGGGCAGCUACGGACUGCGCGCGAUCCGCCCGGCGCCCCCCACGCCGGCACUCUUCAGCGACCCGGGUUGGGACAAGAUCAACAACACGAUCCUAUCGACUUCAAACUGCGGCAACCCCUGUCUGCGUCACUUUGGCUUCGGGCCGACGUCUGCCGACGGCUUCGGGAUCGGAUACAUAAUCAAGGACGACUCGAUCUCGUUCUGCGCGUCGUCUAAACACCGACAGACGGCCCGCUUGAUGCACACCCUGGAGACGUACCUGUUCGAAAUCCGCAAGCUACUGCGGAUGACCACCCACAAGACCAUGAGCCCGCGCACGAGUCGGGCUCGAGAGAUGGAGAUGAUCACCGAGCGAUCGCCGGGCGAGCACCGCCGGGGACGGAUUGUCCGGGGCGACCCGCUCCAGGCAACCCGGGGUACCGAGACGCCCACCACGGACAGCGGAGAACUGGAGGACGACGGCAUGGGUGGAUACGGAUUCUUCGAUGCAGGGAUGCUGCUCCAUGCACUGAAAGGGCUGAAUGCAGACCGGGAGCGGAUCGGGGAUAAGCCUGAGAAACGUCGGUUCGUCGGAAAGAAACUCCGAUUGAAUGAAUAUUGA